AUGAGCGCAUCGAGAGGUGACUGGAAGUCCGACUUGCGAUUCAGCCAUGUGGACAUUGUUGUGGAUGACAUCCAUGGCUUCUUGGAUACUUGGUGCCCCCGUCUCGGCUUCGUUCCAUCGAAGAUUCAGACAUGGGGGAGCGCCGCUGACCCCACUUGGUCUGAGUUCGCCAGUGUAUUUGACCAGCAUACAGGCCAGCUCAUGUUCAUGGUGGUUCAAGGCAAGAAAGGGGCGCAUGCGGACUUGCUGCAGAAGUAUGGGUCCGGAUCCAUUUAUCGACUUUGCUUCAAGACAGACAGCCUACAAGACUGUUUUGAGCAUUUGCAAAGCGCUGGGGCCAAGGUCACCAAUUUAGAAGGUGUGCCUUUUGAUACCUUUCAAGAUGUCAUCAACAGUGGCAAGCGGAUACUGUGGCUGGAAAAAGAAGGAGAGCUGUCGAUGGAGAUUUUGACAGCCCCAAUCAUUGAUGCAGGCUGUGAGAAGCUCAGGCGCGAAGUGGGCCUGGCAUCAAAUCAACGCCACCGUACAUGGCAAGAGGGAGUUGCUUUAGCAGUGGCCUUUGGUGCAACCUUCAUAGUAGGAGUGCUGGUCGGACGAGCCUCGCGACGUUGA